UUACUUUUUGGAGGUUGGAUAGAGUUUUAGAAAUGGAGAAUGCGUAGUUUAAAUGGUUUUUGAUUGUGGAUUAAGUAUGGUUUUCCAUUUCCGCGGAGUUCUGUUUGGUUUUGAAAAAUGGGUAUGGAGACCUGUUCAAUGUGGAAGAUAUGUAUAUAGUUUUUAAUUUUUGUCGAGGUGUAUUUGUUUGAAUAUUUGGUUCUAUAUAUAGUAUGUUUGUGGUGGGGGUUGGUGGUAGGCCUGAAGAAAAUAUCAGUCGUAUUGAUGAAUGUUACUCGUUUGGUGCCACGCGAGGGAUCUCUUUGACUGUAGGAAUUGGGUGUUAACGUUAAUGGUUUUGGAUUUCCUCCUGUAAAGUCUGUAAUUUGCUGCAGAUGGGCCUGUCUGAUGCAAUGAUUCAAUACCAGUGCUCUGGAGUUGGGAGGAGCAGUUAGGCUUCAAGGCCGCGCAGACAUAGGACAUACGUAAUAUAAAUCUGUGCUCUGUUGAUAAAUAGCUUUGGAGUCCAGAGUAUUAUUCGGGCUUCAAGAUUAGUGUCAUCAGUUUGGCUCGUUUGGGUAUAAGGAGGCUUGACAUUAUGCAGAAUUUUGAUGUUUCAAUUUUAGGUUAACUAAGGAGGCUUUUGGCAAUUCUUGUUGCCUGGUAGUGACUGCAGAGAGGCAGAAAUCAGGACAAAGCUUCUGCUUGUGAUAGUUCAAGAGAGCACAAUGAGUAGGCUCAAGCUAGCAGUAGAAAUUAUUAGUGCCCACAAUUUGAUGCCGAAGGAUGGGCAGGGCUCAGCAAGUGCUUAUGCAGAGGUUGACUAUGCUGGUCAGAAGUUUCGAACCUCUACCAAAGAAAAGGAUCUAAGUCCGGUCUGGAAUGAAAAAUUAGCAUUUACCAUCCCAGACCCUUCUAACCUUCCCAACCAGAUGGUAGAUGUAUAUGUCUACCAUGAUAACAAAUCUUCUCAGAGCAAGAACUUCUUGGGAAAAGUCAGGGUAUAUGGAAGUAGCGUUGUGAGUGAGAAAGAGGCAGCUGUGCAACAUUUUCCAUUGGAAAAGAGAGGAAUUUUCUCAAACAUCAGAGGAGAUAUUACCUUGAAGAUAUACACUGUAAAUGAGACAGGAGAUGAUUUCAUUAAAGUGGAAAAGGCAAAGGAGGAGAAAUCACCUGCAGUGGAGAUGGGAACAAGGGUUUUUCACCACCUGCCGAAGACAGCAAAGCAAGAUUCUAAACCAGCUGAGGUGGAGAAGUCUGAAGCAAAAGUAGUGCAUAUGUAUAAUGCACCUCAACCAACUCAAGCACCUCAAGUAUUUCAUGCACCUCAGCCAGAAGAUUACACUUUAAAGGAGACCAGUCCUCAUCUUGGAAAUAUUGGGAUGCGCCGAGACAAGCUAAAUAGCACCUAUGAUCUGGUUGAACGGAUGCAGUACUUGUAUGUUCGGGUGGUAAAAGCUAGAGACCUGCCAACCAUGGACAUUACUGGAAGCUGUGAUCCAUAUGUUGAGGUUAAAAUUGGGAACUACAAGGGAGUUACAAAACACUUUGAGAAGGAAAAAAAUCCAGAAUGGAACCAAAUUUUUGCAUUUUCCAAGGAAAGGCUCCAGUCAACUUUACUGGAAGUAGUGGUGAAGGACAAAGAUCUUGUGAAAGAUGACUUCAUUGGUCGUUUGAUUUUUGAUCUCCAUGAGAUUCCCAUGAGGGUGCCUCCUGACAGUCCCUUGGCACCCCAAUGGUAUAGGUUGGAAGACAAAAAAGCUGAGACAAAAGUGAAAGGUGAGCUUAUGCUUGCAGUGUGGAUGGGUACACAAGCAGAUGAAGCCUUUCCAGAAGCAUGGCAUUCUGAUGCAGCUGCAGUCCAAAGUGAUGGGGUUGCACAUAUUCGAUCUAAGGUUUACCUAUCUCCCAAACUUUGGUAUGUUAGAGUUAAUGUGAUUGAGGCCCAAGAUUUGCAGCCGAGUGACAAGGGAAGGUUUCCUGAGGUUUAUGUUAAAGUACAGUUGGGAAACCAAAUAUUGAAAACAAGGGUUUCUCAGCAGAAGACUGCAAAUCCGCUGUGGAAUGAAGAUUUGCUUUUUGUGGCAGCAGAGCCCUUUGAAGAACAUUUAGUACUUACGGUAGAGGACCGACAAGGUCCAAAUAAAGAUGAGGUGAUGGGGAUGACUAUAAUUCAAUUGUCAUCUAUACUAAAGCGGUUUGAUCACAGAUCUGUGCACACCAAGUGGUAUAACCUUGAAAAGCAUGCAGUAGUUGAUGGUGAAAAGAAGGAAAGUAAGUUUGCAAGUAGGAUUCAUCUUAGAGUGUGCCUUGAUGGUGGGUAUCAUGUCCUAGAUGAAUCCACACAUUACAGCAGUGAUCUGAGGCCCACUUCCAAGCAAUUGUGGAAGAAUGCAAUUGGUGUCUUGGAAGUUGGCGUGCUGAGUGCACAGAACUUGCUUCCCAUGAAGGCUAAAGAUGGCAGAGGGACUACUGAUACCUACUGUGUUGCAAAAUAUGGGUCAAAGUGGGUUCGAACUAGAACAAUUCUUGAUAGCUUAAAUCCAAAAUGGAAUGAACAGUACACUUGGGAAGUCCAUGACCCUUGCACUGUCAUCACUGUGGGAGUUUUUGAUAAUAAUCACCUUCAAGGAGGAAAUGGUGAGAAAGCAACUAGGGAUGCUCAAAUUGGGAAGGUCAGAAUUCGUCUCUCAACUCUGGAGACAGAUAGGGUUUAUACCCAUUCAUAUCCUCUGCUGGUGUUGCAACCUUCAGGAGUUAAAAAGAUGGGUGAACUUCAGUUGGCAGUCCGUUUCUCAUGUUCAUCUCUGAUGAACAUGAUGUGCAUGUAUUCAAGGCCCUUGCUGCCUAAGAUGCAUUAUACACACCCUCUCUCUGUUACUCAGCUUGACACUCUUAGGUACCAAGCCAUCAAUGUAGUAGCACUCAGGCUUAGCCGAGCUGAGCCACCUUUGAGAAGGGAGGUGGUGGAAUAUAUGGUAGAUUCAAACUCUCACAUGUGGAGCAUCCGUCGCAGUAAAGCUAAUUUUUUCCGUAUCAUUUCUCUUCUUUCUCCAUUUAUAGCAAUCAGCAAAUGGUUCGCUGAUGUUUGCAAUUGGAAGAAUCCUAUCACAACAGGACUGGUGCAUAUUUUGUUCCUUAUAUUGAUCUGGUAUCCCGAGCUGAUAUUGCCCACCAUCUUCCUCUAUAUGUUCUUGAUUGGGAUAUGGAAUUUCCGUUUUCGAUCUCGUCUUCCGCCACAUAUGGAUACUCGCCUCUCCCAUGCUGACUCAAUGCAGCCUGAUGAACUUGAUGAGGAGUUUGAUACAUUCCCUAGUUCAAGAAGUGCUGAUGUUGUGAAGAUGCGAUAUGAUCGCUUGAGAAGUGUUGCUGGAAGGAUACAGACUGUUGUUGGAGAUAUGGCCACACAAGGAGAGAGACUGCAGUCUCUCUUAAAUUGGAGAGAUCCUCGUGCUACUACUAUUUUUAUCAGUUUUUGCUUAGUGGCUGCUGUGGUUCUGUAUGUUACACCCUUCCAAGUAAUUGCAGUGCUUGCAGGAUUGUAUCAAAUGCGUCAUCCCAAAUUCCGGUACCGGCUUCCUUCAGUUCCUGUAAACUAUUUCAGGAGGUUACCAGCACGAACUGAUAGUAUGCUAUAAAGUUUAAACAGUUUAUCUCAUUGUGUAUUUUGCUUUAGGUGUCUUCCUCUUUUGGGUCACAAACAAGCAUAGUCUUUCAUCAGUCUUAUGUAUAAUGGUGACAUUCAAUUCAUUUGUAUGGGCUGGCCACACAAGAAAUCUGACUUGAGAAGGUCUGCAAUUUCAUCAGUUUGAUUCAGCAUAGACUGAAAAGAUGACAUUGCAGGAAAUUUAGAGCUGUAUGUGACUGAAGGAGGCACUAUUCUCGUUGGGUGGAGUUGAUGUUUUGAGAUUUUUGUAUGCUAUUAGAUGUUGUGCAUUAUUCUCUUGUAGAACUACAAUGUCUGUUAUGCAUGCUAAGGUGGGUUCUCUAUGUUUAUAUAAUGUAUUUUGAAGCACUACAAUUCUGCAAUAAAGAGGUGUAAUUCUGGCAA